GCUCCGUUUCCCACGUAUCGAUUCCCCCGGCUGGAAUGUGAGCGAGUCCCUGCACAUGUCGCGGGGCUGGGGGUGACCGUACAGGGCGCCGUGUGGCUCCGAGGCAGUCUGCGACGCUCCUCCGGCUCUCAAGCUGUAGCCGCGCCGAUCCCUCCCAGCAAAGGAAGAUGGAGCAGAAGACCAAUGAUGCCGAUCAAAUCAUGGAGUACUUCAAGCAGCAAGUGCUGCUGCUUAAGGAGAAAGCUUUGUUACAGGCAUCUGUGCGUGAGGAGAAGAGGCUCCUGGUGGAAAACGCCAAGCUGAAGAACGACAUCGAGGACCUGAAGAAGCUCCUGCUGGAGAAGCAGAAGAACAGAGCAGCUGUACAGGCACCUGCUCCUGUGGAGAGAACCCCCAGCCAGGGACCCCACAGUGUCGCUGCCACCCCACCCCGGAAAGAUGGCGAAGGCAGGAGGAGGCGAGCUGCCAGGCGAGGAGUGAAAGAGGAGCGCAGGGCAGGGGCCACAGGCCUGGCGGAGCCCCUGGGCUUGGCAGGGGACAUCGAGGUGGACGUGUCUCGGCUGGAUGUCCGUGUGGGCCGUAUCCUGAUGGCUGCCCGGCACCCGGGCGCUGACAGCCUGUAUGUGGGGGAGGUGGACGUGGGCGAGGAGACACCUCGCACUCUGGUCAGCGGCCUGGCAAAGCACGUGCCCCUGGAGGAGAUGCAGGGCCGCAUGGCAGUCCUCCUGUGUAACCUGCGACCUUCUCGGAUGCGGGGGGUGCUGUCUCAGGCAAUGCUGCUGUGCGCCGCUUCCCCGGAGAAGCUGGAGAUUCUGGGGCCGCCCGCCGGAGCCGUCCCGGGGGAUAGGGUGACCAUCCCUGGCUUCUCUGGUGAACCGGACCGGGAACUAAACCCCAAGAAGAGGCUGUGGGAGCGGACACAGACGGAGCUGCGCGUGGAUGACAGGGGUGUGGCCACCUAUAGGGGGCGGGCCCUCGAGGUCCGGGGCCGAGGCGUGUGCAGGGCACAGACCAUGAGCAGCUGUGCCAUCAAGUAGAAGAGCAGCGCCAUGUGUAGUAUGCAGUGUGCAGUACGCAGUGUGCAGUACGUGGUGUAUCGUUUACACAUUAUAGUAUUAAUGUGUCAUGUGAAGUUUGCCAUUUUUUUUACAUUCAUUACAUCAGAAAAUCCCAACCAACCAGAACUGUUUAAUUGCAUAAUAAACCUGCUGCCCCCUG